UCUGACUUGAAGCGGAGGGAUGAAAAAUGGCCAUCGUCAGUCUCGGUGAACUAUCGGUGGCUUUUUUAUUAAACUGUCCUUUUAUUAACUAAAUAUCAGAGUUUAAAAUGCUCCGUCGUAGCGGCGCGUGCUAAACCCGGAGCUAACGGUCGGCUCGCGGCUGAUCCCCGGCCGGCGGAGAGGCUCUGUGUCCGGGAGAGCAGCAGAUGGAUCCUCGGUGUGUUCGGGUAAAAGGCGGAAGACUGCGCAUCAACACCAGGGGAUGCUACGAAGCUACAGCCGCUAGCAAGCUAACUAUUUGUUUCAGGAUGCGGGUGAUCACCAGGGAUUGAGACGUAGAGGGGAAACAUUUCGACUGACGACGUCCAUCUUUAUGGCGCCCAACCAGGAUAACUUGAACUGAGAACGUGUUUUAGUACUCAGCUUGUCGCAGCGCUCAGCAGACAUCAGAAUGGCGAGCAGGAGGAAGUCGACCAUCCCCUGCAUGGUUCCUCCGAGACAAGCCGUCGACUCGGAUCAGGAGAUGGAGGACGUCACGGAGGAAGUGGAACCUGAGGAUAGUAACGGCGUGGCGACUGUCUCCUCAGAUGUCUCCGGUUUCUCGGAGGAGCGGGGCGAUGACGUGGACAUCAGGUCGGUGUCUGACCACUACCAUGAAUCCAACAUGGCCGAAGGAGGCUACGAGUGUAAAUACUGCAGCUUCCAGACGUCAGAGCUGAACCUGUUCACCAUGCACGUGGACACGGAGCAUCCUGACGUGGUCACCAAUACGUCCUACGUCUGCAUGGAGUGUGACUACCACACUAAGAGUUACGACACUCUGCUGGCCCACAAUGCUCGGCUCCACCCGGGCGAGGACAACUUUACGAGGACGAUGGUGAAGCGAAACAACGAGACCGUCUUCCAGCAGACCGUCAACGACCUCACCUUCGACGGCAGCUUUGUCAAAGUGGAAGACGACGAGGAGACGUUCCGCAGAGGCAUCGCCCUCAGCAAGACGCCCAUCAUGAGGAUCAAGAGCCGCAUGGAACCGAAAAAGUUUGCCUCCGCCGCACACAAAAUGACCGUCGGCGAUGUCAUCAAAGUGGAGAGCGAUGACGAGGACGACGAGAACAAGGAGCCGCCCACUCUGUCUCCUGCCCCGAUGACCGCCACCGCUGCCCCACGCCUCCUCUCCACACCGCUGCAAGUCCAAGCCAUUCCACAGAGCAUCGUGGUCAACAGCUCAAAUAUGCUGCAGAUAAAAGGCGGGUCAGGCGGCGGCGGCGUGCUGCCUCCUGGGACGCUUGCUCAGGUUCUGUCGGCUCUGCAAUGUCAGCAGAACUGCACGCAAACGCAGACGCAGCUCCUCAUCCCCAUCAGCAGCAUCCCCACCUACAACACGACCAUGGACAGCAACGUCCUGCUGGUCAGCGCUUACAACAGGUUUCCGUACCCCUCGGUCUCAGAGAUCAUGGGUUUGUCGUCUCAGACCAAGUUCAGCGAGGAGCAGAUCAAAGUUUGGUUUUCUGCACAGAGGCUGAAACACGGAGUCAGCUGGACGCCGGAGGAGGUGGAAGAGGCGAGGAGGAAGAAGUUUAACGGCACGGUGCAGACUGUCCCUCAGACCAUCACCGUCAUCCCUGCCAACAUCGCCGCAGCAACAAACGGCCUCCAGUCCAUCUUCCAGACGUGUCAGAUCGUGGGCCAGCCGGGGCUCGUCCUUACUCAGGUGACCGGGAACGGCGGCACGAUGCCCGUCGCAUCCCCCAUCACGCUGACAGUCGCAGGCGUCCCUGGCAACCAGCCAAAAGCCGCAGAGCCGACGGCGUCAGAAUCAAAGACAGAGCUGUCGGCCUCGUCCAUGAGCACGCCGCUCAGUUUGGAUUCAACAGCAAGCAAACCGAAAAAAUCCAAGGAGCAGCUGGCCGAGCUGAAGGCGAGCUACGGCAGGAGGCAGUUUGCCACCGAGGCGGAGAUAUCGCGGCUCAUGCAGGUCACACAGCUCUCCAAACGAGCGAUAAAGAAGUGGUUCAGUGACACUCGCUACAACCAGAGGAACUCCAGGGACCACCACGGAGUCCUGCUGAGCGAAUCCUCGCCCAUAAAAGGGGGAGCGCCACCUUCAGGAGGGCGAGGAGGAAGGAACAACAGCGGCAGCCUGAACGACAGCGUCAGCAGCGACAACAACAACACCCCCACCACCAUCGUCAUCGACUCCAGUGACGACGCCAGCGACUCCUCCCCCACUUCUGCCAACGCUCCGGGGUCGUCCAGCUCCACCAGCGACCCAAGGGUCAAAUUCCGCCACGCCUUCCCCGACUUCACGCCACAGAAGUUCAAAGAAAAGACUCAGGAGCAGCUGCUGGUCCUCGAGGCCAGCUACCAGAAUUCAGACACGCCGUCAGACGAGGAGCUGAGCCGGCUGCGAGCGGAAACGAAGCUGACGCGACGAGAGGUGGACGCCUGGUUCACCGAGAGGCGGAAAAUGCCUUUCUGUUUUUGGAUAAAGGACGAAGAUGGUGAGGGGGGAAGCGAGAAGGUGAAACCAGCCGGCGUGCCUUCAUCCUCGGCUCUGGAUCGUCAGACCACUCCACCCGCCGGGAGGAAGGCGGUGAAGAAGAGGCCGGAGCAGCUCCACAUCCUGAAGAAGGCGUUCGUCCGCACACAGUGGCCAACGGGGGAGGAGUACGACCAGAUGGCGGAGGAGAGCGGGCUGCCGAGGACAGACAUCGUGAACUGGUUUGGAGACACCCGCUACGCCUGCAAGAACAGCAACCUGAAGUGGUACUACCUCUACCAGAGCGGGAAGGUGGACGAGGCGCUGAACGGCGGGGCAAAGAUCCAGAAGAAGUCCAGGAAGCGUUUCCGUGGUUGGUCCAGGAGGUCACGUCGGCCAUAUCCCUGCAAACGAUCUCCACAAGGGGGCGCCAUCGCCAUCAAGGUGAAGUCCGGUAAGGCGUUUCUGAAGGAGUACUACCUCAAAUAUCGAGCGCUGAGCGAGAGAGAUCUGGACGACCUGGUCACAAAGUCCAGCAUGAGCUACGAGCAGGUGAGGGACUGGUUCUCCGAGACCGCCAGGAGGGUAGAGGAGGGGAAGGAGCCCUUCAGCGACGACGAGGCGGAGGAGGGGGAGGGGGAAGAAGAGGAGGAGGAGGAAGAAGAAGAAGAGGAGGAGGAGGAGGAGGGGACUGUAGCAGAAGCAUCAGCAGCAGAGCACGCAGACAGUGAAGGAGAGAUGAAGGUGAAAGAACAAGGAGAGGACGCCACAGAUGAAGACACCAUCGAGGAGGAACAAAAAGAGGAGGAGGAGGAGAAGAGAGUCGAAGAGGAGAAGGAGGAGGGAACCAUCCAGGACAAGUCUGAAGGUGUCAGCCAAUCACAGCCUGAGGCAGAGGAGCAGACAUGAGCAGACAGCUUCGACGUCGCUCACCCUGCCUUGGAGACGACACACAGGAAGAGAUCAGUCUUUCUCAGCUGGUGGCUCAGGACCCAAAGAUGGCCGCAGGAUGCUCAGACAGGGUCACAGCUCAAAAGAUGGCAUGUUACUAAAACGACAGGUUUGUGCCUUCAGGAUGAACUUUGGGUCCCAAUCAGCUGAGAAACACUGAGUCGAUAUAACGGACAACAAGCUGCAGGAAGUUUGUUUUUCUGUGGGGACCAACUAGCGUGCAGGACGACGCCGCCAACACCAGAGUGAGUUCCAGCUCGGCUGCUGCACAAACAACGAGGCUUUCUUAUAAACAAUAUUUUAAACUUUGUAUAAAGCAUCCAAAACAUUUCUAAGAGGUGAGACGCCGCAUGGACUCCUCAUGAAAUCAAAACGUUUUUCUCAAGGGAACGUCCUCGCCCCGAACCCGACGAUAAAAACAUUUUACUGUUCGGAGGUUUUUAAAUCCCAAAUGUCUCCUGUUUUUUUGUGAAUAGAAGAACUCAGACUAGUGCCAUUCUGUUUAUAAGACUGUUAAAUAAAAAAAAGAAAACCAUGCUGGUUGAAUUCCA